ACGGUUUUUUCACGAUAUAUAAGUGAAAUGAAAGAAAUAUAUAUAUGACAAAAGAUUAAAGUUGUAGCACAACUUAAACAGAAAUAGUUCAGUCAUUAUCAUAGUAAGCAGAAGAAAAAUAUUGAAUUAUACAAUUGUCCAGUCCGAAUUCAAAGUAAUAAUUUCCAACAACAGUAAAAAUCUUUCUUUAAAAAAAGAUAAUAGCUGAUCAAUCAUGAUUAGACUUGCAAUAAUCUGCCUACUAAAUUUACUGGUCAAUAGUGACAAUAUAAAUGAUAAGUUGAGUUUAAUGAAAUUAUAUUCUUCUCUUCACGAAGCAGAAAAAUAUAUGGAGAACCAAUCUAUGAAUGAAGAUUCGGCAAUUUUCUUCGGCAACACAAAAUCUGGAAGAAGUACCCUAAUUAAUUACUUAAUGGGCAAUAAAUUGGAAGUUAAAAGAAGUUCGAGAGUUGGAUUAAAAAUAACAAGAAAGGCAGGGAAUGAAUCCACAGGACCAGAGAUCAGUGAAGGAUCAUUAUCAACAACAAUAAUCCCCAAAGGAUGGACUUCGAAAAUAUUCCCCAAUUUGACUCUCUGGGAUGUUCCUGGAUUUGGCGAAAAUAGAGGAACAAUACAAGAUGUCAUUCAUUCUUUUUUAAUAUAUCGAUUGGUGAAAAGUGUUAAAUCUUUAAAAAUAAUCUUAGUUGAUGACAUUAAGGACAUUGUACAAGAUAAUCCAGAACAAUUUUUAUCACUUUUAGAAAGAAUUGAAAUUCUUUUUGGAGAUCAGUUUAAAGACAGUUUUAAAAGUACAUCAGUAAUUUUCACAAAAGUACCUGGAACUGUCAAUGGUGUAUUAAUUAAUAAAAACUAUAUAAAGUAUCAUUUAGAAACACACUUUUUACUUAACCCUGACUUCGAAUUGUCCGAGGAUUCAAAAAACUUUGCAAUGUUUCUAUUAAAUAAUACCGAUAGGUUUGCCCUCUUCAAAGGAAUAUCAUUUAUAACUAACGUUACUGCUGAUAUCGAUGCUGAUAUUAUUUCAGUUCUUAAAAACUCUGAACGCAUACAAAGUAAUCUUCUGCAGGAUAUACAUCCUAGUAUUUCAGCUUCUUCUAUGUUACGACUGUUACAAGCAAAAGAGAUAAAAGAGUUGGAGGAAAUGAUUCCAAUGUUAGUAGACGUUCUGAAAGAAGCAUUAUUUAAUGAAACAGAGAAGAUAAAAUUUUUGCAGAAUAAGAGCGAUAAAAUUGAAUUAAACAACACCAAAUUUAAAUUAAUUGAAAUAAAGCAAAAACUUUCCACCUUAUUGUAUAAAGGGUCUAGUUUAAACGAAACUAUAGAAACGAUUUUCUCGAUAUAUUCUAAAAAUUUGUCAUCAUUUGAUAAGGAGAAAGUGAUGAUAAAUCUUAAACUAAUAAAAUCUGUUGAAAGCGUAUUACAUAUAAUUAUAAGUAAUUCAUUAAAGAGAUAUGUUGAUUAUAUCAUAUUGGAAUUCAUUUUAAACUUAAGCUCAACGAUCUCCUAUGUUGAAAUAGCUUUGAUCAAAAUAUCUUCUGUCGUGGAUAUCAAUGAGACAAAAAGUAAUGAAAACGCAACGGAUUCAACACUCGAUAACUCGACAACGUAUCAAAUAAAUUCGAUGGAGGUAACUGAAGACGGUUUGACAACCCAAGCCGAAAUUUAAAUUUGGUUUAAGAUCUAAUAAAGCAUAGUAAGUUUUAUACGAAUUCUUCUAGAUCCUACAAAUUCUACUUAGAGUCCACUUUAGAAACUUACGUAAUAUUAAGAAACUUUUUGGUGAAUGUUAUAUAUUUGUUAAUUUUACAAAUGCUAACAUACCUAUUACAUAAUAGAUAGCUUGAAAAUAUGCAAACACAAAAAGCAAAUAACUUUAUUAGCUUCUAUAAUAUAACUUUUAAUUAAUUUUUUCAAUAUUUUAUUAUAUUUUGAAAUGUAUAGAUAAAAAUUGAGAAGUUAGUUGAAUUUUCAGGCAAAUUUUCAAAGAAAAUGCCUGUGUGCUUAUAUUGUAGUGUUAAGAUAUAAAAUGUUUUUGUUUUAUUUAAAAAGAAAAAAUUAUUCAUUUCAUUUUGUGUUCUUUAAUUAAUUUUAGAAAAAUUUGAUAUAUAUAUAUAUAGAGGUAAAAUGUACAGUAGUUACCACUGGCCCGAAAACCUUUAAAAAUAUUUCGGUUGCAAAUGCAUAUAGGCUUGUUAACAAUGUGAUGCUAUAAAUUUUCAGUAAAAAAAAAAUUAUUACUAUCUCAUAUGUUUUUAUAGUUAUUCAAAAUUUAAAGGUGGCCGACUACUGUACCUUUUACUCUAGUGAAAACUUUAAGGGAUGAGUCUGGUGAAAAGGAUAAAAAACUUUUUUUUUAUUUGCUUAAAAAUAUUCCUAAAUAUGUGGAGAAUAUUCUCCUGUAAUUGAUUUAACAAAUUCGAACUUUAAAUAUAAUUGUUACGAUCAUAUUUUAUAUAACCAAAAAUUCUUGGGUAAUGCCCAAGAAUUUUUAUAUUAGACGAUUUUUAUGAAUUCCAGAGAUCUCGCCGAUUUUAACAACCCCCAGGCUUGUAACUACUAUAUAAAUACUAUAAUUUAUAUUAAUUUUUUUAAUUUUCUUCUCAAUAUGUUCCCUUUUAUGUAAAAAAAAAAUUAGUUAUUAAAAAUAUAUAAUACCAUAGGAAAAAACUCUCGGUUUGACUAGACUCUCCCCUUAAGCAUUAAGUGUAAUUAUUAGUUCAGUGUUAAUAAUAAUUAUAUAAAUGAGGAGCCG